CUGCGAGUAUGGCCGAUAUCGAGAGCAACUUCGGCAAUAUAAUCAAACACGAGAAGACGCACCAAGAUGGAGGGAGGCAAGCAUGGCUGACGGUUGUUGGUUCAUUCCUUGUCUAUUAUUCAUCCUUUGGGCUUUUAAAUAGCUUUGGCUUCUUCCAAGAUUACUACCAGAAUGAGCAUCUUAGAACGAUAUCUCCUUCCACGGUUGCAUUCAUCGGUACCCUUCAGCUCGCGCUUAUGAAUGUUCUAUCAACGAUGGCUGGCGGUAUAUGCGAUGCUCACGGUUCCAAGGGUCUCUACCUCUCCGCUGGCCUGGGUACAUCAAUUGCACUCUUAGCGCUUUCGUUCUGUCCCCAGGGUGGAUUAUGGCAGGUUUUCGUAACGCAAGGGCUCCUAUUAGGAGUCACUGCUGGAUUCAGUAUUCAACCAGCUUGCACAGUCGUGGUCCAGCAUUUUGAAAAGAGACGUGCGAGGGCCAUGAGCCUGGUCAGCACGGGUGGUGCAAUGGGCGGUGUAUGCUAUCAACUCUUGUUUACGCAACUGCAACCUCUGGUCGGAUUUCCAUGGACGAUGCGCAUCGCAGCCAUCAAGGUUCUUGCUUGUUAUUCAGCUGCCCUCUUGAUAUCCAAAGAUAGACCAAGCGGUGCUAAGAUCAGGCUUGGCUCCUUAGUGGAUUUUGAUGGGUUCGGCGAUGCCAAAUACGCCGUAUUGGCUCUAGGAGGGUGUUUUGCCAAUUUCGGCCUCUGGGUCCCAGGGUUCCACAUCAAUUCAUAUGCUAUCAAGAUAUACCCAGGACAGUCGAUUGGAAAGUACUUGAUAUCCCUUAUGAGUGGCUCCAGCAUACCUGGGAUGAUUGUUGGAGGUCUCCUUGGGGAUUGUUUUGGUCGGCUCAACAUCAUCUUCCUCAUGACUUUCUUCUCCGGGUCUCUCUGUCUCUCUGUCUGGCUUCUUGAAUCGUCGUUCCUGGUGCUCGCGCUCUUUGCCUCACUCUUUGGUUUCACCUCGGGUGCUGUUCUUUCGUUGCUCCCAUCGGUUGUCAGUCAGAUCGUCCCAGACGACAAAGUCGGCGCAAGGAUGGGAGCCUUCUACAGUGUCAUUUCUAUUGCGACGUUGACUGGAGCACCGAUUGGCACGACGAUCAUAGGCAACGACCCAACCACCAGGGAGGACUAUCGUGGUCUCAUAGCUUUCUCGGGCUCAGCCAUGUUGGUCGGGUCACUAGUGUUGUUUGCUGGGAGAGUUUUGCAGAGUCGGGAUCUGCGGGAAAGAUGGUGA